AUGUCCUCUGCCUUUACUGCAAAGGAUUUGAAUCAUUUUGAUUAUGUUAUUAUUGGAGGUGGGAUUGCUGGUGUUGUGUGUGCUGAAACAUUAUGCGAACUCUUAAAUCCAAGCAGGUUUUCUGGGGCUCUCCAGUCAUCGUCGGGUCAUCUAAACUAUGCAUCUAAACGUGUAGCAUUGGUAUCUGCUUCUCAAACUGUGAAAACUACAGUCAAUCUACGUCGAAUAAGCAAUAUGAUCGAAACUUUUGAUAUUGAGGAGAAAUCUGGUAGUUCAUGGUCCGAAACAUGGCCCGACACGUUAACCGUAAUCUGUGAUACAGUGAUAAAACUAGAUCCUUCUAGUCAUACUGUUUAUUUACAACAACGUGGUUAUGAGAAUCCAAUUUUUUAUAACAAAUUAUGUCUAACAACUGGCGGUGUUCCGCGGCUUAUUGAUCCGAAGCACCCAUAUGUUAUUGGUCUAAGGGAUACAGAGAGCAUCAAAAAUUUUCAACACCGUCUACUGGGCACUCGUCGUAUGGUGUUAGUUGGGAAUGGAGGUAUAGCAACAGAGAUCGCACAUGAAGUCUCUGGUUGUCAAAUUAUUUGGGUUAUUAAAGACAACAGCAUUAGCACACCAUUUCUUGACUCAGUGGCUGCCACAUUUUUAUUAGAAGCAAGAGAAAUUUCAAAGCAAAAUGAUUCUGUUGAGAAGAAAGCUGAAGUUAGUUCCAGACCAUCUGGAGAUAAAAUCUCAGAGGAUACACAAAUCAGACGCAUGCGUUAUAUUGUGGCUGAGGAACGCCAAUCAGAAGAUAUCACAAAAGCUUCAGAAGAUCAUCUCAUGCUUGUUCCUGAUCAACAGCAUCCGUACGAAUUGGAUAUCGGUAAAUCAUCAGUUGCUGGUGCUGCUCCAGGUCCAGAUUGGGCAUAUGGACGCAAAUUACAUGGACGACUUGUCAAUACAGUCGAUGGUAGACUACUUAAAGUAGUUUAUCAAACCAAAAUCAAACAGUUUUUAUCUCCAGAAGAGUUUCAUGACUUAAAUAGAUUAGAAACCCUGCCUUUUACAAACAAGCUCAAUGAUAAUGUGUUAUCCGUUAAUGAUUGGCCAGUUUAUGUCGAGUUAACAAAUGGUGAAAUUUAUGGAUGCGAUUUAGUUGUAAGUGCAGUUGGCGUUGAAGCAAAUUUAAAUCCACUAAACAGAAGUCCUAGCAACGUGGAUAAUACUACUCAUAAUACUGGUAAUACUUAUAACAUUAAUAAUAAAGGAACUGAAAUCACAGAGUCAUCUAACUUAGAUGCUUUAUUUCAUUGCGCCUCUAUGGAACAUGGUGGUGGUCUGUUAGUAAAUGAACAAAUGGAAACAAAUUGGAAAGAUGUGUAUGCAGCAGGAGACUGUGCAUAUGCCAAUUGGACAUGGUCUCCACAUUGGUUUCAAAUGAAAUUAUGGAGUCAAGCUAGACAAAUGGGAUUUCAAGCUGCUAAGUCUAUGUUUUGCCAUAGUCGAGGAGACCACAAUAUCCCGCUGGAUUUUUCUUUCGAACUUUUCACUCAUGUGACUUACUUUUUUGGAUUUAAGAUUGUUCUGUUGGGUCGUUUCAAUGGUCAGGGUAUGAAUCUGUCUGCAUCGGAUACUUAUCUUUUAAUGCGUGUUACACGUGGACGAGAAUUCAUCAAAUGUAUCAUGCAGUCGGGUCGCAUGCAAGGCGCAAUAUUAAUUGGAGAAACUGAUUUAGAAGAAACUUUAGAAAAUUUAAUUUUAAAUCAAAUUGAUUUGACUAA